AUGCCAGGUUCCCGAUGCCGACAAAAUUACCACGAAGAGUGCGAGGCCGGCAUUAACCGACAGAUCAACAUGGAACUGGCGGCCAGCUAUUCCUAUUUGGCGCUGUACGCUUACUUCGGUCGUGAUGAUGUGGCUCUGACGAACGCGGCAAAGUUCUUCAAGAAGGCAUCCCAUGAAGAGACGGAGCAUGCGGAGAAGUUGAUUGAUUAUCAACUGUUGCGUGGAGGCCGAGUGAAGUACCAGGAAAUAAAAGCUCCUGUCGUUAGAGCGGUUGACUCUCUGAAGGCGGCUCUUGAGUUGGCGAUCGUGUUGGAGAAAGAGGUCAACGAGGUAAGUGCCGAUGCCAAUCACAGUUGGCUAGAGGGCCAACUACACGUAAUUUGUAUCAUUUGA